AUGGAUAUUGGAAGUAAUUCUAGUAGUGAUGGAACUGAGAAUCCUACCCCGAAUUCCAACAAUCCUACUCCCAAUUCCAACAAUCCCACCCUUGCUAGCCAUAAUGACUCCACAUCUGGAACCCCAUCAGUUCGCGGGAAAAAAGAUCCUGCAUGGGCACAUGUUGCUUUAAGAAAAGAGGGCAACAAAAAUGUGUAUACAUGUCUUUAUUGUGCAUUGAGUUAUAAAGGAGGUGGAAUAAAUAGAUUGAAGCAUCAUCUUGCUGGUAUAAGUGGAAAUGUAGUUUCCUGUAGUAAAGUUCCUUUUGAUGUUCGUUAUCAGAUGCAAGAAUCAUUAAAAAGUGGGAAAAAGAGAAAGCUUGUCGAUGUACAAGCAGACAUGGAGGAACAUGUGUCUAAUGCUAAUGAACCCAAUACACCUGCUCCAUCUAAGUCAAUCCCUGAGAGUAAUGCUAGUAAAAAAAAACCUCCUACUAUGCUAGUUGAAAAUUAUUUUGCCUCUAGGACAACUCCAGGUUCCCAACCAGGCAUUAAGAGUGCAUUUGCAACUAAAGAAGCACAACACAGUGCAAAAAUGGCCAUUGCUGAAUGGGCGAUCAUUAAUUGUAUUCCAUUUAAUGCAUUAGAUUGCCCAUUCUUUCAAAAAGCUAUGGAUGCUAUUGCUUCAAUUGGGCCGGGGUUUAAGGGUCCUACUGCUUAUGAAUUUAGAGUUAACUUGUUGAAUGAUUGGAAAAAAGAAUGUCAGCUACUUAUUGAGAGUCAUCGAUCUAAAUGGAAAACUUAUGGAUGUACACUCAUGGCUGAUGGUUGGACAGAUGUGAGGCAACGAACUUUGAUAAAUUUUCUUGUCUAUUUUACACAUGGCAUAGUAUUUGUAAAAUCUGUUGAUGCUUCUGAUUUAGUGAAAGAUGCCAAGACUUUAUUCUCAUUGUUUUCUGAAGUGAUUGAGUGGGUUGGUCCCAAAAAUAUUGUACAUGUGGUGACUGAUAAUGCUGCUAAUUAUGUAGCAUGUGGCAAGUUGAUUAAAGAGAAAUAUAAAAGUAUUUAUUGGUCACCUUGUGCUGCUCAUUGCUUGAAUCUUACUUUGAAAGAUAUUGCAAGUAUGUCUCAUGUGUCACAACUUGCAACAAAGGCAUCAAAGAUCACUGUGUUUGUUUAUAAUCAUAUGGUCUUUCUGUCAUGGCUCAGGAAAAGAAAGGGUUGGAAAGAAAUUGUGCGUCCUGGUGCGACAAGGUUUGCUACAACAUUUAUCACAUUGCAUAGCAUAUAUAUGCACAAGCAUGACUUACAAGCUUUAAUCACUGAUAAGCAUUUUGUGGAUCACAAAUUAUCAAGGACCGAAGCUGGAAUAAUUGUUAGUGCCAUCAUAUUAGAUAAUCGGUUUUGGAAUGAAUGUCUUGAAGUUGUGAAGAUUGUGUCUCCUCUUAUAAAGUUGUUGAGAAUUGUUGAUUCAGAUGAGAAGCCUUCUUUGCCUUAUGUUUAUGAAGGCAUGCAAAGGGCAAAAAAAGCAAUUAAGGCAGUCUUCACCAAUAAGAAAGACCAAUACAAGCCUUACACAGAUAUAAUCCAAGCCCGAUGGGAUAAGCACUUGAAGACCAAUCUUCAUGCAGCAGCAUAUUUGUUGAACCCUGCCUUCUUGUAUGAUGAUGACUUUGUUCAUAAAAGAAGGUUAAUGGAUGCUAUGCUUUCAGUGUUUGAGUCAACUGAAAAUGAAGAUGUUGAUUAUAUUGUGAUGAUGAAGCAGUUGAGCUUGUAUCGUGACCGUAAAGAAUCUUUUGAUAAAGCUUCAUGUCAUAGAGCAGCACAGAAGCUAGACCCUUAUGAAUGGUGGUCGUUUUAUGGAAGUUCUGUUCCAGAGUUGCAAAAUCUUGCAAUGCGUAUUCUUAGCCAAACUUCUUCCUCUUCUGGUUGUGAGAGAAAUUGGAGCUUGUUUGAACGCAUCCAUACCAAAAGAAGAAAUAGAUUGGAACAUCAAAGACUAAAUGAUUUAGUCUUUACAAACUACAAUCUACGAUUGAAGAAUAGGAGCCAAUUGAAGAAAAAGACAAGUUUUGAUCCAAUUGAUUAUGAAUCUAUUGACAAAUUGGACUUUUGGAUUGCUGAAGAGGAACAAGAGCCAGCUCCUGAGUUUGAUGCUGAUGAUGUCACUAAUUUGGAAAGUGCUAUGCAUAAUGAGAAUGUUGUAGCUUCAUCAGCUUCUGAGAGAAAUAAUGAAGGGGAAGAAGAUAUGAAUAUUUCAGAGCAUCCACAUUUGAAUGAUGAUGUUGGAAGUGGUUCUGGUUUCUCUCAAUCAUCUCCUAAUGUUUCAAUCCUUACUCCCGGAGAUUUGAAUGAAAUUAAUGAGGAUUUUGGUGUUGAUUAUUAUUAG